CUUUUCUUGGGAAACAAUCCACGAUUUGGAGGAGUGAUGUAGUGAUGUUCUUUUUUAUGUGUGUGGUUUGUUUGUAGUAAAUAGGAGAACAGGCCUGUUAGCAUACGCAGUGGUAGUUGCCAUGGUUGAACAGACAAUGAGAAGAGUUCCACUGCAGAAACUCAAGGAAAGGAAAAGUUAGGUUCAGGUAAAAAAGUGUCGCACAUUUGCACACACUGUUCGAUGGACGGACGGAGAUGAAAUCUAAAUAGGAAAGGUAUUCAUUAACAUUUGAAUCGUGAAAUAUGUUAAUACAAAAAAAGGGAACAUGCAGAUAGCCACACAAAAUACACAAGCUUAUACACCUAUUCUAAUACACACACACACACACACGCACAAAGACUCUUGGCAGAUGGUGAACCAUGAGGUCGACAGGGUUGUAAAACAAGCCUGUUCUCUUUGUCCACCUACGCAGCCCUUUGCACAGUGUGUCUAUCAGAUGGCGGCUCUUUAUCAAGGUGUGGCUGACACUGGCUCCACACAAAGCUCUGUUAAACAGGAAUAUGGGAGGCCCGCUUCUAAUAACUGGGGUGCUGUGGCUGCACUCGCAUCAUUGCCAAGCAGUGCUCUCGUGUAGCUGCCAUUUUGCAGUGUGUGUAAAUGACUGAACUGACACGACUGUCUGGUGACUGCUGCAUCCUUGUUGUAAAGUUAGUCAUGCGGGAAAUGUGUAACGGCCCAUACUAUGGCCCAUACCAUAGGUGUGAUGACACCUACAGUUUGCAUUUCGGUGAUAUGAACUGUGGAGGAAAGGUUGACUUUGUGAUUGUUCGUUUUAUACCCAUAAACCCUUGCACUUAACACAUUUUUGGAGGCCGUUCCCCAUUUAAUUGUUGACUCAGUUAAGUUCUCAUCUGCUAAAACACUGCAGAAUUUGCUUGAAAUGUUCGACAUACAUUCUAAACAUAACAUAAUAUAAAUGCGCGCCUAACCUACAGGGUGUUUGCGUCACUCCUGGUUACCCUACUGUAUGUGUAAUUAUACGGUUGCAUGGAUGCUGGGUCUAAGAGGCAUCCACCCCUGUAAAUUAUCAGACUGUUGGGAGGAAGAAAGGAGAUUAUGCAUAAUUGUCAACCGUGACUUGGCCUGGGUGUUUCCUCCCCAGUCAAAUUACUGAGACAGAAUAAGUGAUAAGUGGAUUUGCCAAUGCGAGCAGACAAAUAUUAUGUUGCUCAACUGCAUACCUGCCACUGGAUUUGGCUCUAGACAAUAUGAUUCAUGAUCAUGUCAUGCCAUAAAUAAUGAUUCCAACAAUGAUUCAGCUGGAUGAGUUAAAUUAAACUGAUGUUCACAAUAGAUGUAAUAUGUAUGAUAAGGUCUAGGCCUAGGGGCUUUAGGUUUAAUCAAAUGCUAAGGUUAACUAACAGCACAAGUUAUAUAUAUAAAAGGUUUGAAGGUUGAUCUAGAGAUACUGUGCUAAUAAUACCAUACUACACUUCCACAUUAGCAUAUGAAACCUUGACAGAAUUAUCACUUUUUUUUUUAUUACUCUUUUUGUGUGUCACAGAGGCUGUAGAAAUGAUUAUUCUGCCUUUGGUGUCAGGAUAUAAUACCCUGGCAAAUCCAUUUUGAUUGACACUCUGCUCUCAUGUUACCACAGGGUUCACACAACAGAGGCUAACGGGCGAUCAAUAUUGAAUGACGCUAAACUUAGAGGUGGGGUAGGUGUGGGAUACAUAAUCUUGAGCAGUUAGUUUUUCUUGAGCUGCUGUUGUUUCAAUCUGCAAGCGGCAACUGUUGCUGAGGGUCCCAUUACCGGAGUAACCGGGCAGUGUGACAGUGCGUUAAACUGCUGACACACCAUGUGAUUUCACCUCUGUUAAGUCUGUCCUUCAGUCUUUGGGUUUGCUGUUUGUCUCGGCCUUGCCAUUGGACUGCAGGGUUGAGCGCACAUGGCAGAAGAGGAACAGGCUGAGUAGGUUUUUAUGGAGUCUGGCCGUCCUUGCGACUGACGCUGGAGUUGCAGUGUCACUGCACACCAAAAAGGUGUCCUCCCAUGUUGGAACAUUUUCAGUCAUCAUUAGCAAUCUGCACCAGCACAAGGAGAUGUCAUCUGAUUGCUUGAUGGAGCCCUGCAGUGACGUCCAGGCAGAGGAGACCGGGUUGGAGAAGCAACAAGGGGACGAAGCAGAGAAGGAGGAAGUGGAGGUUCCCUGUGGGGACAACCAGCCUGCAGGAAGUUUGGGGCAGGAGGAGCCAGAAGGAAAACAGCCCUCGUCACCUGACCAUAGUGGCAUGCAAGAAGCAACAUCAGAAAGUGGACUAGAGCAGGUCCAGAGAGAGGAGACACGGACUCAGAAAGCGAGAGAGGUGUUUUCCGACAUGUCUGUCAACCAGGAAAGCCAGGAUAGAGGGUCAGGCCUGGUGAAGCGAUACAUUCGGAGGUCCUUCCCCAGGGGCUUGCCGACCUGCUCCUACCCAGACGGGGAACGGCAGCGGCAGGCAGAGGAGCCACGGGGUCCUGGGCCUUUCUACUUCUUUGGAGGAGCCAAUGGGGCUGAAAUAGUGAGCUGUUACUGUGAGAGCAGAGGAUGGAAGAGGAUUUACCACAAGGACAGGGAGGAUUUUAAACUCAAGUGGUGUGAGACCAAAUCACCAGCCAACUACCGUAACUUCAGAGAAGGUGAACAGCUGGUGUACCAGAUUCCCAACAACAAGGUGCUCACCACUAAGAUCGGCCUCCUCAGCAGUCUGCGGGAGUAUGAGCGAGUCAGCAGCAAAGUGAAUCACGGUCGAGGACUCAGGUUGAGGCUGAAAAUGGAGGAGUUUAUUCCCACUACUUUCCGCAUGGAUGUGAGGGAAGAGAGGGAGGCUUUCUUUGCCCAGCAGGAGGGUGUGAGCAACAAUGAGAGUCACAUGUGGAUCUGUAAGCCCACGGGUCUGAACCAAGGCAGAGGGAUCUUUCUGAUGAAGAGCCAGGAGGACGUAGCCGCCUUCAGACUGAAGCUGCAGCACACGGAAGACAGCCAGGCCAACGGGAAGAUGCUCCACCGUCAGCCUCAGGCUCGCAUCGUCCAACAUUACAUCCAGAGGCCGCUGCUGCUGAAAGGGAAAAAGUUUGACGUGCGCUCUUACCUUCUGAUCGCCUGCACUGCACCUUACAUGGUCUUCUUUCGCCAUGGAUAUGUGCGACUGACCUGUGACCUCUACGACCCCAGCUCCAACAACCUGUAUGCCCACCUGACAAAUCAGUGCAUGCAGAAGAAGAACCCUCUGUACAGCCAGCUGAAGGAGGACACUGUCUGGUCCAUGGAGAGCUUCAACACCUACGUCAACGACAGGUUUCGGGUUGCCAAGGGUCUGCCCAGGGACUGGGUGCUGGGCGCCUUUGCAAAGCGCAUGCAGCAGAUAAUGACCCACUGUUUCUUGGCAGUCAAAUCCAAGUUUGACUGCCGACUGGGCUUCUUUGACUUGAUUGGCUGCGACUUUAUGGUCGAUGAGGACUUCAAGGUCUGGCUGUUGGAGAUGAACUGUAAUCCAGCUCUCCAUACAAAUUGUGAAGUGCUGAAGGAGGUGAUACCCAGCACUGUUGUGGAGUUGCUGGAUUUAACUCUGGAGAUCUUCAACAAGUUUCGUCUCAAUCAGAGGAUUCUUCCUUUGGCCAGUCAGAGGGACUUUGUGCUGCUUUACAACACAGACAGUGAAUUCAAUCAGAAAGGCAUCAAAAAGACUGAACCCAAAAGAUGUAAGUCAGGGACAGAGGGCACAAUUGUGGCUUCAUCAUCUCUUGAUAGUGUGAAUGUCUCAGCAAGUGUGGAAGGAAGAGGUAGUUCAAAGUCUGGCCAGUGUCCCACCACCUCCACCGCCCGCUCACUUUUCCAUCAAAACUCUCCAUCAGUGCAGGGACCUUCACAUUUACAUCACACCUGUAAAAGCAUGCAGACUGUUAGGAAUAAGAAUCCCAGGUCUCGGGUUGAAUUCAAGCUGAGCAAAUGUACUUUGCAAAUGCAUCAUUAUUCAAAAGCUGCAGAUGACGUGAAGGACUCUAAGGCUCAGCAGAAGACUACAAUUAGAUCUCUAUCGUCACCAGGGAUCACCGUCUGUGGCUUUCCAGAGACAACGACACCAUUCCCUCCUCAUUCUGGACCUCCGCUCUGUGGAAAAGAACGUGAAGAACAGAGAGGACAAAAACAGCUCUGUUCAUCAGACAGAAGAGGAACUGUACUGCCUAAUAUGCAAACAUAAAUUCUGUAAAUCCU